AUGGCUGCAUCACAUGCUUCAUCAUUUCUUAUAUCACUUCUUAUUAGUUUAUUAUUAUUUGCAUCGAUGCAAUUAUUCCGUACGCAACUUGCAGCAAGCCAACCAUUGACUAUUGUUGGUGGCUUUAUUGGUUCAUUGAUUUUUAUUGUAGUUGUUAUUUGUUUAUUUAUAUCAAUGAUAUGUUCUGCAUUUGUUCAUCGAGUCUGUGUGACAACCUGUUUGAUCUUCUCAUUAAUUGCACUUUAUUAUAUUAAUCGUAUUUCAACAAGUACCUAUGGAAAUCCAAGUGUACCAGCAACAGGUUAUGCAACACAAAGUUAUUCUAUCAAAAAGAAACAAAAAUAA